AGCUCCUUGAUCCAUCCAUCCAGUUGCAAUCGGAGGGCAGCAGCUGCCCCACAGGACUCAUGGCAUUUCGUUUCUUUGGCAAGUCCCUACUGUACGGGUUGCCCCUGGGCGUCACUUUCCUGGACUGCGUGGGAUAUGUGGCCAGGGUGGAUGGCAUCUCCAUGCAGCCCGCUCUCAACCCGGUGCCGGAUGAGAAGGACUACGUGUUCCUGCUGCGCUGGGGCACCCACAACAGCCAGGUGGAGCGCGGCGACAUAAUCUCCCUCAUCUCGCCCAAGGAUCCCGCCCAGAAGAUCAUUAAACGCGUGGUGGGCCUGCAGGGCGACGUGGUCUCCACGCUGGGCUACAAGCACGAGAUCGUCCGCGUGCCCGAGGGCCAUUGUUGGGUGGAGGGCGACCACACGGGCCACUCCAUGGACAGCAAUACCUUCGGACCCGUGGCCCUGGGCCUGAUGUCCGCGCGGGCAGUGGCCAUUGUCUGGCCACCGGAACGGUGGCGGGUGCUGGAGAACGAGCUGCCACGCAGAAGGAGGCCCAUUCAGGCCUCCAAGAACACCAGCAACUACUACAACUAGACUGACCAACAACUGGCGG